AUGAAGGAGGACGGCCGCGUGCGGCUGAAUGUCGGCGGCCAAAUAUUUGAGACAAGCGCUUUUACUUUGACACGAUACAGGGACACGAUGUUGGCGACGAUGGUUGAGGAUCGGUGGACGAGCUCGGCUCCCGAAAAAGAGCUAUUUAUCGACCGUGACCCGUCCCACUUCCAUCGGAUUCUCAACUUUCUGCGCGAUGGAGCUGAAUUCUUUCAGCUUCCGCGCGAGGAUCGGGCAUUGGAUGAGUUGCGAAAGGAAGCGUCGUUUUUCGGAAUCACUGAGUUGGUGGCUUUGUGCGACGUGGCGCUGGCUCCAUUUCAGGUGGGUGACACGGUUGGCUGGCGUGCCGAGGCCAUCCCUUUGUACUGGCGAUCCUUCGUGCGCUACAUGGUCGACGAUAACCUGACAUUGCCAUUCAUCUAUGACAGGAACAAUCACAUCCUUGCCAAAUGCAUUGGCUGCCAAGAGUUUCAGGACCCUAAAAGCGCCUACAUAAUUGAAAUCAACUACCAGGACUGGGAGCCGAUGAAGCACCAUAUGGAGACGAUGACUGCCGAAAUUGUCGAGAUGAUGGGUAUAUGCUGCAAUGUCUCCUGGGACAAUGGGCAGCAAAUCCAUCUGCCCUGCUCGGCGCUACGUCGUUUUCUGCCCGGUGACGAAACACGA